AUGGCCAGCAAGAAGUUGCACCCUUAUUUUCUGGCACACAAACUAGUGGUAUACACAGACCAGCCUUUGAAACAACCCCUUACUAAGCUAGACGCUGCCGGACGAAUGCUGAAAUGGGCAAUUGAGCUAAAUGCAUUUGAUAUCUCAUACGAGCCUCGAAAAGCUAUCAAGGGACAAGCAUUUGCUGAUUUCAUUACAGAAAUGACGAGGCCGAAUUUUGAAAAGAAUGUGACGACUCGCUGGACAGUCUAUGUAGAUGGCUCGUCAACCCAGAACGGGUGUGGAGCCGGCAUAAUAUGCCAGUCUCCUGAAGGAGACAAGUAUGAAUAUGCCACGAGAUUCAACUUCCAAACUUCCAACAAUGAAGCAGAGUAUGAAGCUUUAUUAGCCGGUAUAAAAAUGUGCAAAGCCGCUGGAGCUCAAGAGAUACUCGCCUUAUCUGACUCUCAGCUCAUUGUGAGCCAAGUAAAUGGGGACUAUGAGGCAAGGGACCCUAACAUGAUCAAAUAUAUGCAGGCAGUGCAUCAAGAAGUAGAACAUCUAAAGAGCUUCGAAGCUAAGCAGAUUCCCAGAACGGAGAACAAUCAGGCCGAUGCCCUGUCGAAACUAGCUAGCUCGGCUUCCUGUGAUACUCCGCGCCACGUGUUUUGGAAAGUGAAGGAUAAGCGAAGUAUUGAGCAGGAAUUGUGCGCUCCUAUAGUAGCUGUCCUGGAUCGGUCGUCAACAUGGAUGGACCCUAUCAUUGGUUACAAAAUUGACGGUACGCUUCCAGACGAUUCAAGUCUGGCCACCAAAAUACAAAAGAAGAGUUCUUGGUUUGAAUGGUGGAAUGGAGUUUUGUACAAAAAGUCAUUUUCCAGACCUCUCCUGCGGUGCGUCACUCCUGAGAAAGGAAAGGAAAUUCUAGACGAUUUGCACCAAGGAUUAUGUAGCUCCCACAUUGGAGGACGAGCCCUAGCAGAGAAAGCUUUGCGAACUGGUUAUUAUUGGCCCACUUUGAGAGAAGACGCCCUAGCCAUGGUGCAAAAAUGUGACAAGUGCCAACGGUUUGCUCAUCUCAUCCACAGGCCGGCCCAGCCACUCACUCCUAUUAUGAGUCCCAUUCCGUUUGCCAAGUGGGGGAUGGACCUGUUAGGACCAUAUACAGCGGCCCCUGGAGGCCGGCGCUAUGUGAUAGUUGCUGUUGAUUACUUCACCAAGUGUGUUACAACGGCCGCUAAUGGUCCUAAUGGAGUAGUAGUCUCUCUUGUAACCGGCUAA